GGUAAAUCUCUUUUUUUAUCUUUCAAACGCAAACGCCGAGCCCAAGCUGAGCAGGGCUUCGUACAAACUACAAACCGGUGCCGCCGAGGAAGGCACCAUGCUCACCAGGUACUUUACUCGCUGCGCUCCACAGUCUCUAAACCCUUCUCUACCACUAUUGAAUUCAACACUUCAAAUUUCAAAAUCCUAGUUUCGGUUUUCGGGUUUAGAUUUAUGCUGUUUGAUUUCUGAACUGGGACUGAAAACUACUGUAAAGGUAUUCCGAUUUCGUUGUGUUUGUCUUGAGAUGAAUUCGCAUAACAGGAUUCAGAGAGUUUCGUGGCUCUGUGUUUUUGCCUCUUAAUGGGUGCCUUUCUAUAUCUUCAACGCCAAAGAUCGAAUCCCUCAAACCGGUCUGUGUUUGGAUAUCGAAUUCUGCCGGUGGAUUUGUUCGCUUUUCUGGAGAUAGAAAACUUGGACGCAUAAUGGGUAUUUCCCAUCUAUUUGUUUCGUCUCAUGAUGUGUUCUAUAGCUCUACUUGGUCGGCGUUUGUUUCGGAGAUUCUCUUGCUUUUCCGGCAUUUCACGUUUCGUAUGCAGCCGUAACUAUUGCAGGAAUGGCGUCAAUGAAGGGUUCGACGACAUAGAGAGAAUACUGAAAGAAGUUUGGAAGAACCCAGAAACAGAUUCUAUAUAUGAAAAGCUUGAGUUAGAGAAUGGUCAUGAUGGCCAUUCGCUGAGAAAUUUCUCUGCAAAGCGGAGUUAUUUUGCGGCAGUGAGAUCUGAUGCUGACAGGGUUCUUGAAAUUCUGAAACAAGAUGGGCCUGGGUAUGAUACCAAGGCGGCUUUAGAUGAUUUGAGAAUAAGGGUUUCGGGUGUGCUCGUGAGAGAAGUUCUUUUGGGGAUUCUGAAGGAAAUUAACUAUGUGAAUAAGAACCGCUGUGCAAAAGUGGCUUACAAAUUUUUCACGUGGUCUGGUGAACAAGAAAAUUACAGGCACACGGCAAGUUCUUACCAUUUGAUAAUGGAGGUUUUUGCAGAGUCAGAUGAGUUCAAGGCUAUGUGGAGGCUGGUAGAUGAGAUGAUUGAGAAGGGAUUCCCCACCACUGCACGGACAUUUAACAUAUUGAUAUGUACGUGUGGAGAGGCUGGCUUAGCCAGGAAAGUCACAGAGAGAUUCAUCAAAUCAAAGACAUUUAGUUACAGGCCAUUCAAGCAUUCAUUCAAUGCAAUUUUACAUUCGCUUCUUGUUGUAAAGCAGUAUAGGUUGAUUGAGUGGGUAUAUCAACAGAUGUUGAUUGAUGGUCAUUCCCCUGAUAUUUUGACUUACAAUAUACUUAUGUGUGUGAAGUAUAGACUGGGGAAGCUAGAUCAGUUUCAUAGAUUGUUAGAUGAAAUGGGUAGAAGUGGGUUUUCACCGGAUUUUCAUACCUUUAACAUCCUUCUCCAUGUUCUUGGCAAAGGGGACAAACCGCUUGCGGCACUCAGUCUUCUGAACCACAUGAAGGAAGUAGGUUGUGAUCCAAGUGUUCUUCACUUCACGACAUUGAUGGAUGGGCUCAGCCGAGCAGGAAAUUUGGAUGGGUGCAAGUAUUUUUUUGAUGAGAUGAUUAAGCAUGGGUGCAGGCCUGAUGUAGUCUGCUAUACCGUUAUGAUCACAGGAUAUAUUGAGGGAGGGAAACUUAAUAAGGCACGGGAAUUAUUUGAUGACAUGAUUAUCAAGGGGCAGAUGCCAAAUGUAUUUACUUACAAUUCCAUUAUGCGAGGGCUUUGUAUGGAAGGAAAAUUCAAGGAGGCUUGUCUGAUGCUCAAUGAGAUGGAAUCUAGAGGCUGUAAUCCAAAUUUUCUCGUGUAUAACACUUUAGUUAGUAAUUUGCGGAAUGCUGGAAAGCUUUAUCAAGCUCAUGAAGUAAUAAGACAUAUGGUGGAAAAGGGGCAGUACGUCCAUCUUGUUUCGAAGUUCAAGGGGUACAAGAGAUGUUAAAGCUAUGUUACUUAUGAGACUGAAACAGGCUUACUGGCUUGGAUCCCUGCACAUUCAGAGUGUUGCUUGACGAUUCAUUUGGUCCUUGAAAGGGUGAUGAACCUGGUGCCUUUUGUUACCACCAACAAUUUUCUCCGUGGAAAAAAUGGAGUUAGAUGUGGCUCCCUCUGAAUGUUACUGAUUUGCUGCCGGAACCCAAUGUUUAGUUAACUAUGAGAAUUAUUAAAGAACCUAUUUCACCUGUUGACAGGACUAGUUUUCAAGUUGUUAGCAACCCGGCAAUACUGGCGUUUAAAAGAAGGGGCGGGGGGGAGAGGUGCCUUUCGUACUUCACGUGGCAGACAAUUGUGAUGAUAAUGGGGUUUCCUUAAGCUUUAAGCUAGUGUCCAUGUGAUUUCUACUCUAGUUAAGAGUUUAUAUAAUAACUAAUAUUAGCGAAUCAGAAUUACGUAACCGACAGUAUCUAGGAGGAUUGAGAUUUUUUGUUGUAGCAACUAAUAUUCGUUCCUUCUGUACACGAGUUUUUUGGUAUAAUACUAUAUUUUUGCUCGAAUUUCAUUUUCUAGGGCAAAAAUUGACCAAAGAGCGAGCGAAUAUACCGUGCAGGAAGAAUGCUCACGGGAAAUACAGAAAGAGAUGUCCAUUGGGCUUGGGCAUAAACCAUAAAGUGAUCUAAGGCUUUGUCAUUUGAGCAAAUUACAAACUAGUCAUGUUCAACCGGUUUGGUUUUGGUUUUGUGGUUUCUUUCUCUCACUGGCCUUUUCUGGUGGAGAAUUUGUGAGAUUUUAGAGUCAGGUGAAUAUUUAAAUAAUUUAGGAAACUUCAGGCCAAAUUUUAUAAGAUGAGAAAAAAAGAAUAAAAAGAAUAAAAAGAGAACAAAGUUCCCUCACGUGUAGUAAUUAUUUUAUACCUUUAUCCUACAUUUGAUUUGCUUAUUUUAGUUAUGUUCCCGUAAUCUAUAAUAAACAGUAGAUAACAGCGAUUAAUUUAUAGAUUGAUUGAUUGAUUCAUGUUUUUGAUAAAUUAUUCUUUAAUUUUUAUAAAAAUCUACAAAUUGAUUUUGGGUAUUAAUACCAUUACUCUAGGGAGAUUAAAUAAGGAAUUAAUGGGGAUGCAAAUGGAAGUGAGAAGAGUAUUCGAGAAUACGCGGCCGAGAUGAGAAAACCCAAAGCGAGGAUAACAACUUUAUAUAUCUGGAUUUACUGUUUACUCAUUUAGAUACCAAAAGAAAAUGAUUUUAAAAGAUAGAAACCUUAGGAAACACAAAACAGAAGGGUAGCUAUUACUGUAGCUACUGGGAAGCACAUUGUUCUUGACGUUCCUCCUUUCCUUUCUAGGGUUGGAAAGGUUACCAAAAGAACGUUCAUAUGGAAAAAGCAUUUUGGAAUUUUGCACGUUUACGCUGCUUUUUUCUCGUCCUCUUUUUUUUCCUCUUUCUUCUCCUCUGGCUUUGCCUCCUCUUUCUUUUCGUCUUUCUUCUCUUCUUUCUUCUCUUCCUUCUUCUCCUCUUUCGCCGGUCCGACUGAGAUUAUAUCAACCUUCGCGACCUUCUUCAGCUUCUUCACCACGGCCACCGUGUCCAUCUCUCCGAUCACCGUCAGCUUCUGCUCCGUCAGACUCGCUGCUAUUGAAUCCACUCCUGUUCAUCAAUAUACGUAUUAUAUAUAUAUAUAUAUUGAUCAUACGAGAGAUAAAAUUGAAAAAAAAAAAAAAGGAAA